UUUUCACCCUACUAGCUGCCCCUUCAACCCCAGCUGCACAUGUAUUGCUCACAAAGAGUACAAUGUGUAGGUUCAAUUUUACACAAAGCUUUUCUUUCUUUUCAAGCUCAUUUUCACUGGACAGUGCUUACACUUAGCCUCACACACUUCCUGAACAUUGUCAGGUAGGUAUCAAAAUGCUCAACGUCAGCUGAAGCUUUGACAUAAACAAGGACGUUGAGUAGUGCUGAUGCAGCUUCUCUCUGGCCAAUACAUUCUGUCAAAUGCAAAUACUUUGCAAACCCAACCCUGGUACCAAAUGAAAAUUGAUCUUCUGCAUGUUUUAAUUAUAUUACAUGUUUUGGGCUCGAGAACAUAUCUUCAGACAUACAAACCCUCAGUCAGAAGAGCUGGGAGCUAAAUCACUGCCAAGUCAAAAUGUGUAAUCAUCACUCCAGUCUGACACCGCUGUACUAAACGGUACUCCUGUCUCUUUAAAUCGAACCGAACACAAGAUCCGCCUCUAAAGAUACUAGCCAAUCAGAGCUCAAGAAACGAUCACAUCCUGCUGAUUACAGAUACCAUAUCUCUUCUUAAGUACAGGUGACGGCGUAUUUUAAUUUCUUAUAUAUAUUGUAGUUUUUGUAAUAAAUAUCCAAGAACUGAAGACAAGUGUGCACGUCCUUCUACAUUGCAAGUUGCCAUGAUGUAAAUGCAUUCGAUAAAUAAUACAGUAUCUCGGGAUUUCGAGACGGGAUUUAACUCAGUUACCCGCCCAUCUCCCCAGGAUGCCUGAGGGACCGGAGCUGCACCUGGCCAGUCGGUUUGUGAGCCGCGUAUGCGCUGGGGUGGUGUUCUCUGGACCGGUGGAGAAAUCUGAGGUUAGUAAGAAUAGUGAGGUGCCCUUCACCUGCGAUGCCUACAGCAUCACAGCGACCUCCCGGGGCAAGGAGGUCCGACUGACCCUGACCCCCAUCGAGGAGGAGGGGGAGCCCCAGGCCGUUCCUGGUGGUAAGGCCUGCCAGCCCGUGGACAUUGUCUUCCGGUUUGGAAUGUCAGGCUUCUUCCGAUUCACUGCUGGGAGCGAGAUGCCCAAGCACGCCCACCUGCGCUUCUACACCAAUGAGACGCCUCGGAGAGUGCUGAGCUUCGUGGAUGUCAGACGCUUUGGGAGCUGGGAGCCCAAUGGGGACUGGCAGACUGACAGGGGGCCCUGCGUCAUGUUUGAGUACCAGAGCUUCAGGGCUAACGUGCUGUCAAACCUGUCAGAUCGAGCUUUUGACAAGCCCAUCUGUGAAGCGAUGUUGAACCAGAAAUACUUCAAUGGGAUCGGGAACUACCUGCGAGCCGAGAUACUGUACAGGCUAAAGAUCCCCCCCUUUAUGAAGGCAAGGACUGUCCUGGAUGGGCUGCUGCCAAAUAAAAGGGAGCUGCCAGAAGUGAAACCAGAACAAGGGCAGUGCCAUCCACAUCAGGAUUCUGAGAUGAGUCUGAGUAAGAAGAUCAAAGUGAAAAUGGAGAGUUCAGACAUUCUCGACCUCUGUCACUCCGUGCCGAUGGAGGUCAUUAACAUGGGCGGUAAGGGGUACGAUCCUGAGAAACCAGAUGAUUACUCUAUGUUCCAGGCCUGGUUGCAGUGUUACUGUGUCCCAGGGAUGAAGUCUCUUAGAGAUCACAAUGGCAGGACCAUCUGGUUCCAGGGAGACCCUGGUCCCUUGGCACCCAAAGUAUCCAAAUCUCCAAAAUCAAAGAGGAAGGGGAAGAAACAGGGAGAAGACAAAACUGACAAACAGCAGGGAGUCAAAGGGGAGCCAUCAGCAAAGGGAAUUAAAAAAGAGAAGGAAGGUGCGCAGAACAAGAGAGUGAAAAGUCACAGCGAAAGUAAGAAGACGAAAGAGAACAAGAGGAAGGGCUCGAGGAGUAGUGAGGGCAGGAAAAAGCAAAGCAAACCGGAAAGGAAGGACGACGCUCCUGGCACGACAGUGCCGAGGAGGCAGCGUCGAAGAAGCAUGCGGACCAAGUCUGAGAAGGACAGCUAACGCACAACUAAUCCCACACAGGUGUUUUUUAUCAUGUAACCCAAGGCAGGGGUCACUUUUUAAACCUUUUGUACUGUACGGAUCCAUUUUUUAUAGAAUAUUGUAAAAACAUUAAAGUACUGCUAGAGAAAAAUAAAUAGACUAUUUUUUAAGUAAAAAAACAAUUACAAUGUUCCUAAUUGGUUUGUUUCCUACAAUGCAUUGGUUUACAGAAACCUAGUAAAAGAAGUUGACUAAAAAAUAAAGGACCCAAUUAUA